GGGUGCGGAGGAGGGGGCGUAGGGCGUGAUUAGCGGUUUCACCAGCAGCGGCUCUGGAUGUUGAGCGCUCCAUCGAGCAAGACGGCUUUUUCCCCAGCGACGACGAGCAGUGGUAGGCAGUUGCGGGUCCGGCCUGCGUCUUUGGCACGCGGCGCUGAGCGGGCGAGCCUUCACAAAGUGAAGGUCGCAGCGAUGUCAUGGCCGCCGUGGUCCUCGCGGUGGCCCGGCAGCUGCUGCUGCUGCUGCCCAGCAGGCGAGUCUUUUCGGAGUGAAGGGCCACCGCCUGUCCUUUAGCGGAUUUCGCUUGCUCUCUGGGCGCAGUCUCGGCGAUCCUUGCCUCAGAACUGCUCCCGAAUGGUGGAAUGGGUGCCCUUCUUUGAUCGAGUUGCAGAGGCAGUUCUCCAGAAUGGCGCGCGUCUAUGCGGGCCAGCGCAAGGACACCUCUUUUCCCGCACCCCGCCGCGAAGCCAUGGCGCCCCUUCCCUCCCGCCCGCACUGGGGAGAUGGAUGGGCGUGGCAGACGCCCAGCCGCGUCCACGGUUCAGCCCAGCGAUCGAGCCGCAGCAUCGUGCUGCCCAUGGCGAUUCCGAGCUUCAUGCUGGCCAUGCUCCUCUGUGGGGCGCGGGCUGCGCAGGUGGCCGGCGCGCGCCUGGGAGCAGAGGGCGGGUGCGAUGCAGCUGCGCUCGCGCAGCUGAAGGGCUCGUUGUCUCAUUCGAGCGCGAAUCAGGAGCUGGCGGCGGCUGCCGAGGAGGAAGCGGCGAGUAACGCCAUCAACGUGACGGGGGGGGCGAGUGGCCUUGGGGCGACUUGCCCUGGUGCCCAGGGCCAGGAGGACCAGGCCUACUUCUCUAGCCAGCAGUUCCGCACAUUUACCAUCGCAGACAUGAUGCGCCUCCAAGGCGUCGAUGAGAACAUGUUCGCCGGGUGGGACGAGAUCCUUUCGCCAAGGCAGAUGGGUUCCUUGAUCGGUAACGCAAUGUGCCAGUCUAUCGUCGAGAGGGUGCUGCGCGGCAUCUACUUGAGCCUCGGCGUUCCAUGCAAGUGAUCGCCCAGCGCAGUUAGGCGCGUGUGAGGCAGGAUAAGUAGGGGAAGAGGAGGAGGAUGCUGA